UAUAAAUAAAUUUAGUAAAUUUCAUUUUAAAUAUUGUUUCAGUGUUGUUGACUGCGUGCAGACAAUAGGAUGGAACAGAAACAUGUUGAAAUACAAACGGAUGCCCCUUGCAUUGGCAUCAUGUGCAUCGAUGUGGCCACUGAGCUGGCCUCGCAUUUUGGUAAACAAUGGCACAGUUUCAUAGCCUCAUCAUAUGUGAAGCAUUUGGAGGCAGCUGGAGCUUUCGUUGUGCCCAUCUGGAUUGGACGCGAUCGUUCGUAUUAUGAACACAUGAUGAAUCAGUUGAAUGGCAUUCUAUUGCCUGGGGGAGCUGUGUUCAUCAAUGAUGCGGAUUUGAUAGGCAAACCUGACCUAACAAACGACUGUGUGCAAAGUGCCUAUCAUAUAUUCGAUGUGGCCGAAGAAAUGAACCGGGCUGGCAAGUAUUUUCCCCUAUGGGGCACUUGUCUGGGAUUCCAGCUAAUGAUCAUACGUGCUGCUAAGAGUACGAAAGUCCGAACCGAUUGUGAGAAUAUUAGAAGGACUUUACCCAUGCAGCUAACCAAGGACUUUAGGCAAUCUCAAAUGCUGCAACAAUUGCCGCAGUGUUUAGCCGAUGAGAUGGGCCGCUCACCUUUUGCAUGCCACAAUCACAAAUAUUGCAUAACAAAUAACGAGUUGGAUCAUUUCAAGCUAUCAAACGAUUGGCACAUUCUGGCAACUCAUUCGGAUGCCAAUGGCAAGGAGUUCAUCAAUUUGAUAGAGCAUCGCCAGUGGCCCAUGUUUGGUUGCCAGUUUCAUCCGGAACGGGCUGCCUUCGAACAGUUAUACGCCAGCUUGGACAACUGGAAGCAUUCCCAUACACGAGUUUCCAUCGAGUUGGCACAAUCUUUUGCCCACAUCUUUGUAGACGCUUGUCGGCGCAAUCUUUCUCGCUUUGCCAGCCCUGAACAAAAAUCAAAGCAUCUCAUUUGGAACUGGCAACCGGUUUUUAGUGGCCACUUGAAGGAGUCCAAGUUUUUGCAGUGUUAUCUCUUUGAAAAGAAUGUUGAUUAUCCCAAACUCAGAGAAUCUUGAGAUUCUUUAUUAGAAUAUUAAUAAUAAUAAUUUACAGAAUCGUCUUUAAGUAGCUUAAUUGCCUUUGAGUAGCUUUAUUAUCGUCCAAUUAUUCGGGUAUACCUAUGAGAAGUCAGGAAUGGCAAUAUUGAAGGGGUCCAACUUUUGAUUCAUUCUGCAAAAUCACAAUUUUUGUCCUACCUGAAAACAUUCUUACAUGCAGUAGACGCCGACGAAAAGAUAUUCCCAAAUAUUUAGUGCAAUCUUUACAAUAGAUUGAACUUUAAUAUAUAUAUUUUU